AUAAUAAAAAAUUAAUAAAAAUAAAACUAUUUUCGAAUAAUUUAUUAAUUUAUUUUAUUAACUAUUUUUCAAGUACUUUAUGAAUAAUUCAAAGCUUUCAUCAAUUAUUGAAUUCCCAAAAGUAAACGUACAAUCUUAAUCUUAAAUCAAUCCAUAAAUUUAAUGGAAUAACAAAUUUAGGCUUUUAGAAAUUCGAAAAGAGUUAAAAUAUACAUAGAAUAAAGCUAAGAAUAUGAUAAAUAGUCUCAACCAUUAUUUACCUCCGAACCGAAAAGGACUUUCACAAGCUUUUCAAAAAAUAGAUAAUCGUGAAAAAAUUAGCGAAAAGGAAAAAAUAGGGGAUUUAAAAAAAGAAAAAGAAAUCUUAUAAAACAUGGAACUCUCAUUUGAAAUUAUUGUUGAAGAUAAUAAACAUAAAUCGGUUACAGAAGAAAAUGCUUAAGAUAAUUUUUAUAGGCAUUAUUAAAAACUUGAUAAAAUUACAUAAUAAAAUAAGUUUUUUUAAGUACAAGAAUCGGCAUUUACUAGUAUAUUAGAUUAAGCAUAAAAACUUAGUAUAUUACCAUGUAAAAUAGGAUUAAUAAAAUAAAAAGGAAAUGAAGAAGAUUUAAGAAUAAAUUCAAUGAUGUAUGGAGAUUUAUAUGCCAAAGUAUUAAGCGAAGGCUUAAAAAGAUUAUCUUCAGUAUAGAACUUUUAUUUAUAAGGCAAUCGUAUAACAAACAAAGGUUCAGGUGAUUUAUUGAAAACAAUAUCGAGAAAGGCAAAAAUAUUAUAAUUAUAAUAAAACAGUAUUGGUAGGAUUGGAUGCGAACAUAUAGCUGCGUCUUUGAGUGAAAAAGAAUUCAAAUCGAGAAUCGAAGUUUUAAAUUUAGAAAAUAAUAAACUUGGAGAUAUUUCGGUAGGUUUAAUUUUAGAUGCAUUAUAGACAAAUAAAUCUUUGAAAAAGAUGAAUUUAUCAAAAAAUUACCUAACUGAUAAAUCCGGGGAAAAAUUAGCCAGCAUUCUUUAAAACGAAUAUUUAUAGGAACUUUAUUUACAUUGGAAUUAAAUAAAGGCAAACGGUGGUGCACUCGUUUUUGCGGCUUUAUUUUCAAAUGAAGAGUUGAAAGUUUUGGAUUUUAGUUGUAAUUCGCUAGGUUUAGGAGGAAGUUGUGUGGAAUAAAUUUGUGCUUUUUUGGGGAAAAACAUAGAAUUGAAACAUCUAGAUUUGUCAAACAAUUAUUUUAAUUAAGAAUAGUCGGUAAAAGUAGCAGAGGCUUUGGAAAAAAAUCAAAGUAUUUAUGGUUUUCAUUUUUCUGGAAAUUGUGGUUACGUGGAUUCGAGAGGAUUUCUUAUUGUUGAAGAUGAAAAAAAUUAUGAUUUAACAGGAGUUCAUAUUAAAUAAAGAAUUAAUGGAUGUAAAGUAUUAAAUUAAAAUUAUCAUACAAAUUAAAGAGAUAAAGAUAUUUAAGAUUGUUGUUGGAUUUGUUAAGGAUGGAGUGAGUAAGAAAUCACAUGGAUAUAAGAUAAAUCAGGAGAAGGUUUACCUGAUCCUAUUUUUAUACAUUUUAAUUUCGAAAAUUAUAGAGCUUGUUACUUUGGAAAAUAAUAAGGACCUGAAUAUAUAUAUAAAAGGAUGGUUCCUCCUUUUUAUUUAUAAUAUUUUUUUACUUUAGAGGAAUCAUAAAAUUAUGACCAUUCUUUAGAAGAAAGAAUAACUCCAAAUCCAGAAAUAGGAAAUAAAAUAAAUAAUGUUCUUUUAUUCGAUAAUACAUUAAUAGAUGUUGAUUUGUAAUUUAUAAAUAAAAUUAAUGUAAAAAAAAGUGAAUAAAUAAUAGAUUGCUAUUAUAGCCCUGUAAUUUCUAUACUUCCCAGAACACGUGACCCCAAAUAUAUUUUAGCCGCGAAAAAAAAGAAAAGAAUUAAAUGGAGUUUUCCUAUUUCUCUUAUGUAUAAAUGGAAACCUGAUGAUGAAGAAAUAUAUAAAAAAUGUUUCGAAGUAGAUUGGGAAAACUGCAAAAUUCCCCAAAAAAUUAAAAAAUAGGAAGACUAAGACUAAGUAAAAGAAUUUUUAAGGUCUAAAUAUAAACAUAUCAAAGACACAUAUAAAUAUUUUGCUAGUUAAAACCCUAUAUAAGAUAUAUGGUGUAUAUAAAAUACCCCAUGGCUCGAACUUGUUUCUUUAAUGAAUGUAAUUGAUUCAAAAGUAAAGGAUGCUGAUAUAAAUCUUAAAUGGACAGCAACUAUUUCUGGAGGAGAAAAAGGAAAUCCUCGAAAUCCUGAACGUGGUAUAAGCAGACAUUAAUUAAUGGAAGCUCUAGUUAGAAUUUCUGAGGAAAAGUAUAUAUUAAAAUAUUAAAGAUGUAAUACUUUUAUAGAAGCCAUAAAACUUUUUUGGGAAGAAAAUUUAGAAUAAAUUUUUGUGGAAAAAUAUAAUUCUUAAAAAUGGAGAACGGAACGUUAUUGGAAUGAAGAAUGUGACUAUUGUUUGAAAAAUUACAAGAAAAUAAUUGAUUAUGUUUAUAAAAAGUUCGCUAAGUAAAAAGUUAAACCUGGCUAACCACCUUUUAUGUGCUUGGAUGAAUUAAUUAGAAUUGUUUCUCUAGCAGGACUUACAGAAGAUGAACAUUUUGGAUCAACAGUGUGCUAUUUUGCUUUUAAUUUGUCUAUGAUGACUUAAAUAGAUGAGUUAUAAAGUGAUCGUAUAUUCUAGAUGAGUUAAGUUGAGUUUUAUGAAGCUUUAGCUAGGAUUGCAGAAGAAGCUUCUCUACCUGUUGGUCCUGGAGUUUAUGAAGAAAAUUAUGAAUGGACUUGGGAAAAAAGAAAAGAAUAAAUUCUUGGCUAUAAAAUAGAAGGACUAAUUUUAAAGAUUUUCGAUACUGUUUGUGAUGCAGGAUUUAAAUCUCAAUAUCCUAAAAUUACAAAAAGCUUUUUUGUUAAAAUUGAUGAUAGUGAUGAAUAUGAAAAUUGAUUAAGAGUUUUUUUUAAAUAAAAUAAUACAUAAAUGAAUAUUUUUAGUUUUUUAUUAAAUACUAAUUUAUAUAAUAUAUCUUUUUUAGAUAGUAAAUAAAUUUAAAUAAAUC